GAGUGUAUCUGCAGCUUUUCGAUGCUGCACAGGUACAGCAGCGGCCAUAUUGGCAGUGAGAACUGCGUCCACUUAGCGACCGGGAGCCGGAGGGGUGUGGGACAGUUGCUUCUGGUCUCUGGGUUCAGUUUUACUACAGCUUGAGCUUGGUCUCCUCGGAAAGGAGUCGUAGGAAGAGAUGCUCCGGAACGUGAAACACUGAAUGGGAUGUCAUUCGCACAGCUGGAAGAUCUCUGGCACAAAAUGGAGAUGCACAGUGUCACAGAGCUGAAUGGAUAUGAAGCCGAAGAACCUAUGGAAGAAGAACCCUACUCUCACUGUGAUGAAGGAAGUUUCAAGGAGAUUCCUAUCACGCAUCAUGUGAAAGAAGGUUGUGAAAGGGCGGAACCUUCCCAGUUUGAACUACUAAAAGUACUUGGUCAAGGAUCGUUUGGUAAGGUUUUUCUAGUAAGGAAGAUCAUAGGUCCCGACACAGGACAGUUGUAUGCAAUGAAAGUAUUGAAGAAAGCUUCUUUAAAAGUUCGUGACAGAGUGAGGACAAAGAUGGAAAGGGAUAUUCUUGUUGAAGUAAAUCACCCAUUUAUAGUUAAAUUGCACUAUGCCUUUCAGACUGAAGGGAAACUAUAUUUAAUAUUGGAUUUUCUCAGGGGAGGAGAUGUGUUCACACGCUUAUCCAAAGAGGUUAUGUUUACAGAGGAGGAUGUGAAAUUCUACCUCGCAGAACUGGCCCUUGCCUUAGACCAUCUACACAAUCUGGGAAUCGUGUACAGGGACCUGAAGCCAGAAAACAUUUUGCUUGAUGAAGCAGGACAUAUCAAGUUAACAGACUUUGGACUUAGUAAAGAAUCUGUAGACCAGGAAAAGAAGGCAUAUUCAUUUUGCGGUACUGUGGAGUACAUGGCACCAGAAGUCGUUAAUAGGCGAGGCCAUACACAAAGUGCUGACUGGUGGUCAUUUGGAGUUCUUAUGUUCGAAAUGCUCACCGGUACUCUGCCUUUUCAAGGAAAAGAUAGGAAUGAAACAAUGAAUAUGAUACUGAAAGCAAAACUUGGCAUGCCACAAUUUCUUAGUCCUGAAGCACAAAGCCUUCUUAGAAUGUUGUUUAAACGAAACCCUGCAAAUAGAUUAGGAGCGGGCCCAGAUGGAGUUGAAGAAAUCAAAAGGCAUCCGUUCUUUUCAACUAUUGACUGGAAUAAGCUGUACAGAAGAGAAAUUCAGCCUCCUUUUAAACCUGCUUCUGGAAGACCGGAGGACACUUUCUGCUUUGAUCCUGAAUUUACCGCAAAAACACCAAAAGAUUCACCGGGAGUUCCACCAAGUGCAAAUGCUCAUCAGCUAUUCAAAGGAUUCAGCUUUGUUGCAACUACCACCCCAGAUGAAAAUAAAUUAAUUUCUCUCUCAAAUAUUCUUCCUAUUGUACAGCAAAUUCAUGGACCAUCUGCACAGUUCAUGGAAGCAUAUGAACCUAAAGAAGACAUUGGUGUUGGGUCUUAUUCAGUUUGCAAACGAUGCAUUCACCGAGCUACAAACAUGGAGUUUGCUGUAAAGAUAAUUGACAAAAGUAAGAGAGACCCAUCAGAAGAAAUUGAAAUUUUGAUGCGAUAUGGGCAGCAUCCUAAUAUCAUCACAUUGAAAGAUGUAUAUGAUGAUGGCAGGUAUAUUUAUCUGGUGACGGAGCUCAUGAAAGGAGGAGAGUUACUUGACAGGAUUCUACAACAAAAAUACUUUUCAGAACGAGAAGCCAGUGCUGUCCUAUUCACGAUAGCCAAGACAGUUGACUACUUACACCGUCAAGGGGUAGUACAUCGAGAUCUGAAGCCAAGCAAUAUUUUGUACAUGGAUGAUUCUAAUAAUGCAGACUCAAUACGAAUUUGUGAUUUUGGAUUUGCAAAACAGCUGCGUGGGGAAAAUGGCCUCCUUUUAACUCCAUGUUACACUGCUAACUUUGUAGCACCUGAGGUUCUGAUGAGACAAGGUUAUGAUGCAGCAUGUGACAUAUGGAGCUUAGGAGUCCUCUUAUAUACAAUGCUAGCUGGGUACACGCCAUUUGCUAAUGGACCCAAUGACACCCCUGAAGAAAUCUUAUUACGAAUAGGUAGUGGAAAUUUUUCCUUAAGUGGAGGCAACUGGGACACUGUAUCAGAUGAAGCAAAGGACUUGCUCUCUCAUAUGCUGCAUGUGGACCCACAGCAGCGGUACACAGCAGAACAAGUGCUAAAGCAUUCCUGGAUAGCUUGCAGGGACCAGCUGCCACAUUUCCAAUUAAACAGGCAAGAUGCACCACAUCUAGUAAAGGGUGCAAUGGCAGCCACUUAUUCUGCACUAAACCACAAGACCCUUCAGCCUGUUUUGGAGCCAGUUGCUGCAUCAGGUUUAGCCCAGAGAAGAAGCAUGAAAAAGCUUACCUCAACGGACUUGUAGAAGCAUCAGAUUGUCUGCAACCAUGCUGAAGGACAACCAUGCUGAAGGACAACAUGCAUCCCAUAAGGGACUACUUUUUCUUCAGGCUGCCUUACGUGCCAUAGCAGGGUGCAUACGUUUUGCCUCGCUCAAGCAUUGCAGUUGAGGAAGAAGAGAAGCUGCUGUUGAAAAGGUUUCUUUACUUUGGGAUUCUGUUGCCAAGUGGUUAUAGCGUUAAACUUUUUUGAAUUAAAUAUCAGGGCACAUCAGGAAAAGACCAUUAUAAGAAUUUUCUUUACACUGUGACAACUAACCCUUUUGACAUUUCAGACACAACAGCCAAAUGGGUCUUUGUAGUAUAGACUGAUUUGAAUAUUAAAAGGGUUAUCUAGGGACCAUUUUAAGUGACACAGCAAUGUUUAUAUGGCAUGAUACCAGACAAAGUGUUAUCAAUCAGACCACAUUGAUCACGGCUUAUAGCUUACUAGCUUUCAGACGUUUCAUUUUUUUUACUGUUUCCGUUAUUGCAUAUAGGAAUUGGUGGCAAAAAAGAGAAAUGUAACUGUUUGCAUUUAUAAUCCUGUGUUGUAGGUUGGUGGUUAAAAGAAAGGUCACAUAAUGAAUAUGUUAUAGAAGUGGUACAUAAUGUAGAGGCCUCUAAACUUCCUCUUGUGGAGUUCAUAUCCAAGAUAAGCUGCUUUCUUCACACUUGCAUGCAUUUCCAGAGUGCUCACCGUUUAGUUUCUUUGAUGAAGUAUUUUUGCCUGAUUUAAAGUUGAGCCAAACAUCUUUUCAUGCUUGGGACUUUAUAAUUAUUGGUUAUGACAUUCUGAAUCUACUGAAAAGAUACGUUAUAGCAGAGCAUAACAGCAGUAUUUAAUGCUGCUUGUGCCCAUUGUAAAAGUGGUUGUCAAGUUAUAAAGAACUAAUCAGUAAAUUCUACUCCUUUAAUUUUCUUUGGAAUAUCUUCUGUUUGAAGUCUUUGAAGUAAAACCUGUUUCUUUAGUGCAUAUUUUAUAAGUCAAAAUAUUUGCA